AUGAACAAAUUCUCAUUUCGUCAGUUUUCUAGUUUGCCCAAUUCAAUUGCAAAAGAACCCGCCUUUACAAACCCCACAACUUGUGCGAAAUUUGGAAAAAGGAAUUGGAAUUCACUUCCUAUUCCCCACAAAACAAUUCCUGAGCCCAAAGGGCAGGACCUUGAUUUUGUGAAUGUUGCAAACAACCAUCUAAUUCACUUUGACUUUGCUAAGCUCAAUUCCUUGUCCAAUGGUCUAACAACUUUCAGAGUGAAACGUAUACUGCUAAAGAUUAAGCAGGACUAUGUUCUUUCCCUUGAGUUUUUCAAUUGGGUUGCAGCUCAAAACCCCACUUCACUUACCCUUGAAACACACUCCAUGAUUCUCUACAUUCUCACCAAAUACAGGAAGUUCAAGUCUGCAGAGUCUAUUUUGAGAAAGGUUCUUGUCUCGGGUUCGAUAGAUUUGCCGUCCAAGUUGUUUGAAGCAAUAUUGUAUUCGUACCGCUUGUGUGAUUCUUCUCCCCGUGUUUUCGAUUCUCUUUUCAAGACUUCUGCGCAUAUGAAGAAAUUUAGAAAUGCCACAAAUACAUUUUGUCAGAUGAAGGAUUAUGGAUUCUUCCCAACAGUUGAGUCUUGCAAUGCAUAUCUGAGCUCAUUGCUUGAUUUACAUAGAGCUUAUAUUGCUUUGGUAUUCUAUAGAGAAAUGCAGCGUUGUAGGAUUUCACCAAAUGUUUAUACUCUUAAUAUGGUUAUAUCUGCUUAUUGUAGAUUGGGAAAAUUAGAGAACGCUGUUGAGGUCCUUGAGAAGAUGGACAGCAUGGGUUUUAGUCCUACUGUUGUAUCAUAUAACACGCUGAUUGCAGGACAUUGUGAUAAGGGUCUUCUGAGUUCGGCUUUGAAGUUCAAAAACUUGAUGGCGAAGAAUGGAUUGCACCCUAUUAACGCAGAAAAAUGGUUCGGCACUUUCCCGCGCAACUUAGUGAUGUUGGGCCUUCGGCAUGCUCUGGGCCUCGGUAAGGCGUUCGAUCUGCAAGAUAACAAACGCUCGAUAAGACCUAGGGCACCGGUGUGGUACCGGCCGAAGGCUCUUCGAUGCUUGAGUAAGUACGGAUUUAGUAAGUUUGAACUACAUAUCAAUAGGCAGUAUGUCAGUUUCGAUGUGGGACUGUGGACUCCAAUUGUGGGACUGCCACGUGUCUCUGGGGGUGAAGUUGCCCUAAUCGGGCGAUCAGUAGGAACGGUACUGAAGCUAGGUGCCGAAGGCUUCCAUAGCUCUAGUUUGGUCCACAUGUCCGAUGCUUUAUUGGCUGUUCAUUUUGAAGGAAAACUAAAGGAAGCAAACAGAGUUUUUAGUGAGAUGAAAGCCGUGAAUUUUGCUCCUGAUACCGUAACUUACAAUACUUUGAUAAAAGGGUACAGCCAAGAAGGUAAUAGCGAGAUGGGCAAUAGGCUUUUUGAGGAGAUGUCAAGGAAUCAAGUAGAUGCUACUAUCGUGACUUAUAAUGCCUUGAUAUUGGGACUCUGCAAGGAGGGUAAAACAAAGAAAGCUGCACAUCUGGUUAAAGAACUUGAUAGAAAGCGCUUUGAAGUCUUGAAAGAAAUGUUUGAGAGAUAUUUUGCUCUUGAUUCAAGCAUCUUAUCUGAUUUAUGUCUAGGACUAUGCAGAUGCGGGAACGAGAAAAUGGUAAAAUUGUUAUGCAGUGAGAUGGAAGCUAGAUGCCUCAUCCCUCAAGGUCUUGACACGGCAAAAAUUCUCUCCCCUGUAGUAGUGGAAGAAAACUGA